AUGAACUGGGGUUACUACGAAGCGGAUGAUACGGAUGGGCCUCUUAGGGUAGCUGAUGGGCAACCCACGGAACGAGAGGAGCGGAUAGCAGGCACCAGGAGGGCGGCGCUAAAAGAAGCAUCAGCAGCAGUGGACGACAAAAGUCUGAGCCUGAACGAAAAGAGUGGGCUCGGCGAAACUCCCGAGGCUCGCAUCGUGCUGAAGGCAGCUGUCACUCCUCCUCCGCUUUCUCCUCCUCCUGCUCUUUCUCCUGCUAUUUCUCCUGGUCCGUCUGCCGCGCCGUCACCAUCAGCUGCGCCUGUUGUCGUGUGGGCGGACGAGCAGGCAGGGGCGGAGCUGAACGCGCUAUUGGCGUUUAAGGCGUCGGUCAUCGACUUUCAGAACGCGCUGCGCUCGUGGGUCGUGCCGCGCCACGCCGCCAACUCCUCUCUCUCCCCGGCCGCCUUCUUCUGCCGCUGGCGCUUCGUCUCCUGCUCCAAACCAACCGCGCCCAAAGCCGUCGCAGCGGGAGCAGCGGCGGGAGCGGCCGCUUCUCGGAGUGUGAUUGCGUUGCAGAUUCCGGAACCUGGACUGAAUACCUCUGCAGGAGGCGUUACAGAGGAUCUCGGAAUUCUCUUGUCGUCCACGCUGAAUGUCACCACCUCCAUUGCUACCAGCUUGGCGAACAGCACGAGUGACGGUGGCAGCAGCAGCAGCAGUGCGGCCAUCCCUCCUCUUCUACCGCAGGAAUUCUCCUCCCUCACCGCUCUAGAGACGCUCACCAUCCGGAACAGCGCAGACUUCCCCGUAAUUGCCGGACUGGCUGGGGCCUUCCCAACCCAACUCUCCGCCUGCUACUCGUUGAGCAAGCUGGAACUUGCGUUUCACCGCAUGAUCGGAGGGAUACCCGACAGCAUAUCGCAGAUCAAGGGCCUAAAGGAACUGAGCCUGAGAUACAAUCUUAUCACCGGCACUCUUCCCACUGGAAUUUUCGCUCUCCUCAAGCUUGAGUCGCUAAAGCUCCCCGGUAAUGCAAUUUCCGGGCCGAUUCCGCCGCAGAUCUCUCUUCUAAGCAAGACACUUAUGAAUCUCGAGCUGUUUGAAAACCAUCUCUCGAGCAGCCUGCCUGAAGAAAUCGGGCAGCUGAAAAAACUCGGUGUCAAACCGGACUUUGCGGGGUUAGCGCUCCGGCGCAACAACUUCUCAGGAUCCCUGCCAGCUUCUAUCUCCGCCCUCCAGUCUCUGCAAAAUCUAGAUCUCAGCUACAAUCAAUUCUCAGGCUCCCUCCCGCAGGGAGGCGCGUUCCUCUCCGGCUUUUCCAAACUGGUCACCCUCCAAAUCUACGGCAACCAUUUCUCGGGCUCCUUGCCUCUCUCCUUCGCAUGCACCACCAGCAUCCUCACCAUAACUCUGGGAUCCAAUCAGUUCUGGGGUACACUGCCGGGGAAUCUAGACACAUGCGCAAUGAUGCUGUUGGAGCUGGAUGUUUCUAGCAACAACCUCACGGGACCCCUGCCGCCCAGCCUCUGGAAGUCUCUUUCUGCUGCUUACAUGCUGGGGACGUUGACCCUGAGCAACAACAGUUUUACGGGCAGCCUGUCUCCCGCUUUUGCGGUUGCAACGCUCGGGCAGUUUGAUGCCAGCAACAACAAACUUUCCGGUCCGCUGCCUGAUCUGAAAGCUUGUGCGGUUGCCACAGUGCUGCAGGGAGUAUUUCUGGCGAAUAAUUCCUUCACGGGCAGCAUACCCCCGGGUUUCAUCUGCAAGCAGAUGCUGUCAUUGGACCUGAGGAACAAUUCUCUUUCGGGCGACCUGCCCGAUGUUCUGGUGGGGUUAAACAGCAAGCAGAUUCCAUCGGCAGCAGUUCUCAAGGCAUCUCCGCAUUUUGCUCAGUUAAACCUGAGCCACAACAGUUUCACGGGACCCAUCCCCCUGGGCGGCAACUGCAAGGAUCUAACCCAGCUUUUCUUAGACCACAACAAUUUCUCCGGCCCCGCUGCUCCCGAAGCCCUAGCCACGUGCCGCAACAUCAUUUACUACGAUGCUUCCAACAACCAGCUCUCAGGAACAGCAGCUGACGUGGUUGACAAGCUCUCAAAGUCACUUGCUGUGGUGGGAGUUCGGCUCGGUGGUAACCGCAUCGAGGGAGAAAUACCAGACAAUAUAUAUACUCUGAGUUCUAUCAGAGAGCUGAACCUGUCAGGCAAUGUGCUCGCAGGUUCGAUUCCCAGCACUGUCGCUUCCCUGAACCGGCUACAGGUUCUUGACGUGAGCGGCAACGGGCUGUCCUCGUCCCUCCCCUCUUCCCUCGGCACGUUGUCAUACCUCUCGCUGCUAGACGUCAGCCGCAACGGCCUAUCCGGCCCCAUCCCACCUGAGCUCGCCCCGCCCUUCCUGCCCUUCCUCACCCUUCUAAACGUCUCCCACAACGCCUUCUCGGGCGCCAUCCCCUUUGGCUUCUCCAAUACCAACACCACGGCCACGGCGCUCGACUUUUCAUACAACAACCUCUCCGGGCCGAUCUACCCGGGCAACCUCUCGCUGCUCCCCGCCUCCGCCUUUGCCGCCAACCCCGCCUUGUGCGGCGGAGCCGGCUACCCCGACUGCCCGGCGCCGCCCGGGCAGGCGCUGUCGACGGGGGCGGUGGUGGGGAUCGUGGUGGCGUGUGUGGCGGCGCUGGCUUUGGCGGUGGGCGGCGUGUGGUACGCGCUGUUCUACCAGCGCAGCACGGGGCUGGAGGGCGGCACCAUGCUCGUCUUUGAACGCCUCGACUUCAAACUCAACAUCCGUUCCAUCCUCGAUGCCACCGACACCUUCAGCAACAAAUACCUCCUCGGCCGCGGCGGCUUCGGCUCUGUCUACAAAGCAACGCUAGCGGACGGGCGGGACGUGGCGAUAAAGCGACUGGCACUGGGAUCCUCCCAGGGCCAGCGGGAGUUUGAGGCGGAAAUGCACACGCUGGGAGCAGUGCGGCACCGCAACCUGGUGGUGCUGGUGGCGGCAUACCUCUCCCGCCCGCCCUCCCAGGAGCGCCUUCUCAUCUACGACUUCCUGCCGGGCGGCUCUCUGGACCACGUGCUCGAUCGCGACAUGCCCAAGGGCUCUCCCAUGCGGCGCUGGGAGCCCGCUAACGUGCUCCUCGACGACAACUUCGAGCCCAAAGUCGCUGAUUUCGGCCUCGCGAGAGAGAUGGAUGCUACCAAGUCGCACAUGAGCACGGCGGUGUUCGGAACGAUUGGGUAUUUGGCGCCAGAGUAUUAUCAGCGCGGGCGGCUUUCGUACAAGAGCGACGUGUUUGCGUUUGGAGUGCUGGUUCUCCAGGUGAUUACCGGGAAGCUUCCGACGGACGAGGAGUUUGCGGAGAGAGGGCUGGCGAGGUGGGUGGGAGCGAAUUCCAUUGCGAACAUUGUGGACCGUCGGAUCGACGAUCGGGAAGAGUAUAUGGAUGAGAUGAAGGGAGUGGUGACGCUGGGGUUGAGGUGCACGUCUAGAGUGGCGGCUGAUCGGCCCUCUAUGGCUGAGGCUCUGGAGCUUCUAGAAGAGCUCAGCGCAUUUGCAGAGGGUAUAGGUGGGGGGAAGAAGGAGGAAGCAGGGGGCGGGGAAGGGAAGCAGCAGGAGUAG